AGGUGAUGAAUCUACUUAGAAAAAUUGCCAUAGGGGUUUUUAGAGCCUGACCCAAGUUCUGUGUGUGCCUCCAUCUGCUCCUCUUUUGCCUUUGAUUGCAGAUUUUAAUUUUCGCCCAGCAAACCUAUAAAACCGUAGGAAUGUCUGCCAAAGCUGUGGAGCGCCUUCUAUUAGCAGGAAACUUGAUCGUCCAGCUGAUGCUUCUGACAACCAUCUGCAUCGUUGACUCCUUGGGGCGGAGAUUUCUCCUUUUGAGUGGCUUCUUGAUGUGUAGCAUCUCAACUAUUGCCCUAGUCUUCACUUUUCAGAUCAACAGCCCCUCAUUGGCCCUCAUCAGCAUUGUUUUGAUGAUCAUCUUCCUUAUGGGCUUCAUAACGGGACCAGCUUCCAUUCUUUCUGUGAUUAUCGGUGAAUUGUUCCUCCAGUCAUCCCGAGCAUCUGCGUUUGUAAUUUCUGGAUUAAUCAGUUGGGGAAUCCAUUUUGUCUCAGCCUUGCUGUUUCUUCUGACUAAGUCCUAUCUUGGAACCUACUACUUGCUCCUUUACUGGCCUUUUAUGAUCUUCGCCUUUAUUUACAUUUUCUGGGUCGUACCAGAAACCAACGGCAAGACAUUUGAAGAGAUCCAGGAGAACAUGGUGGCCUCGACUUCCAAAAAUUCCAGAAAAAUAACGGCUGAAUAGAAACAGGAAAUCUCUUUCUUCUCAAUGUUUUCAAAAUCGAUCUGGAAUUUAAAAAAUGAAGUAAAACAGAAGCUCUCUUCCAUCUGGAUGGAUUUAUUUCUACUAUUUUUAACUCCUUUGCAGUAGUUCAGCAAAAAAGAUUGGGUUGUAAGUUUAGCAGGCUCUUCCAAAUAAUAUCUUAUUCCUCGGGGCAUAAAAUAUUUUUUUUCUGCCCUU